AUGUCUGCGCGCGCCUCACCCGUACGUCCGGUGGUCUCGCGCGUGAAGCUGCCUCAGCCAGGGCGAGGGCAGGUCCGCGUGGCCGACAUCACCGCGGGCUCCGGCUGCGCUGAGCCGGGCAGCCGCUCCGGCAGCGCGCGCUCGCUGGCGGCGCGCUCGGUGCCCACGCCGGUGUUGGACAGCUCGCCCGGUGCGGCUGUGACGCGGCAUGUCCGAACGCCGGAGCUUCGACACGGAAGCACACUGGAGAGCAUCCGGUCCUUGCAUCGAUCCAGUUCGGAGAAUGUGCUGGUAAGAUCGUUACAACGAACUGGGUCCUCCGCACGGGACGGGCCAGAUGAGACGAUUGCCAGCCAGCCGGGCAGUACGAGCACCGGCAAGGGCUUCGAAGCGUCUCUUCCCGCAGCCAGUGUUUGGAACCCAGUGCCGCUGCCCGACCCGCCGGUCACGCCGCGGCCCGACGUGGCGCCCGACCACGUGGCGCCCAACGCGGCGACGGCCACGCCGCCCGUGUCGCAGCUCCACUCGAAGGAGCCGCGCGUGCUGCGGGCCAAUUCCGAUGCCAAGCCGUCGGUCCGCGCCGCGCCCGGUCGGCCGAAGUCACGUCCUCGCCGCCAGGGCUCCUCCGGUCCGCGGCCCCAAUCCGAGCCGCCCCAGACAGGCCAGACGGGCGUGACCGGCGUUCUGCCCGGCGUUCUGCCCAAGCUGCUGGACGAGAUCGAGGAUCACCUGCUACGGCAGACGGCGCGGCCGCCAGUGGAUGCCAGCAGCUGGCUGCAAGAGACUGCGCAGCUGGAGAUCUAUGCGGAGGAGAUGCGGAAGUUGUUGCACACCUUUGAGGCAGGCGAGCUGGUGACCGAGGCUCCCUCCGCGCCCGCUCGAGCGCGCGGGCGGAGGGCAGCAGCGCCCAAGGGCAGCGUGCCGGUGCGCGAGCUGUCCGUGCUUCGUGGAGAUAAGGAGCUCCGCUGGGCUCGGCAGCAGCUGAAGAAUUGUGAGUUAGAAUAUCUCCACCUUCAGCAGCUUUUGGGCAGUAGCGAGAAGCAGCUCUCGGCCCAGCUGCGUCAGGUACAGGAGGCCCUGGAACAGGAGAAGCGACGGGUGAAGCAGCUCGAGCGGGAGAACCACAAGCGCGAGCGCUCGAUCGCCCGCGCGGCGGAGCGCGCUGGGGGCGGUGAGCUGGGGCUGCUGGCGGUGGAUGGCAAUGCUCGGGCGUUGCGGGAGGUGGAACGGCUAGAGGCAGAACUGGAGGUGUUCCAAAUGAAGAACUCCAACCUCCGCAAGCAGGUGGAGGACGAGGAGACCCGGUUGCAGCAGAAUGUGCGCAGUCGCGAGGCGCAAGCGGUGAAGUAUGAGACGCUCAUGGCCAAGUUGGAGAGUGAGGAGACCCAGCGGCGCUUGGCCGAGGAGCAGCGGCAGGUGGACUCGGAGCAAUUGGAGGAAGAGCAGCUCAGGGCCGAGAUCCGCCGCUUGCAGGAGCAGCGGCGGAGUGGCGCGCGGAGUACCGAGCGAACGCUCAAGGAUCGGCUGAGAAGGCUGGAGGAGCUGCGUUCGCAGCAGGUGGAACAAGAGAGCUACCUCACGCAUUUGAAAGCCUCUGAACACCAGCUCCGUCAGCGCAAAGCCGCUGCGGCUGUGCGGAGAAGCCUCCGUCCCGAGAACAGUGGACCAUCCGCCCUAGUGGAUGAAGACAUCAUGCCCUUGGCUCCCAAUGAUGACCUGGUCGAGCCUUGCACUGCCCAGGUGGUGGAGGGUGCGGAUGCAGGAGGGUUGGAGAAUCCUUCAGAGGAGAGCCCCGACCCAGUCGGAGUUGCUGAGGAUUUUAGAGAAGUGGAGGUGGAGGAUGCUUCAGGAGCUGGGGAGGGGGAGCAGGGAGAGGCAGGAGAUGCGAAGGAUGGGGAAGUGGAGCCGGAGGAGGAGCAGCACGCGGAGAAAGAGGAGGAGAAUGAGGAGAUGAAAGAGAAGGAGGAGCAUGACGCGGAAAACCAGGAGAGGGAGGAGACAGAUGAGAAGGAGAAUGAGGAGAACGAGGAGAAGGAGAAGGACGAGGAAAUCCCUGAAGUCGAAAGGGCCCACUUCGAAAUGGCAGAGCUCCAUGGAGUCUCUGAUGAUGAGGUUCCGGAGGAAGAGGUCCCUCCGGUGGCUGUUGAGGCCAGCUUGGAUGAGGUAGAAGAUCCUCAUGAAAUGGAUGCAGAGGAGAGAUCUCAGUCAGAAAUCGAGGCUGCAGGAGGCGUGAUCUCUGCGGCUGAGGCUCCGAAAGAUGCGUCAGAUCCUCCCGUUGCGGAGGUAUGUGAGGAGGCUGUGAGACAGGAGGAUGCGGCUGUGGACCCUGCGGAUGGAAUGGAUGCCGUAGACGUGGCCCACUCGUUGCUGCCUCCAUCCUCAGAGGCCACUGCCCAGGUGGAGGUGCGUGCUGAGGAUGGGGCGAAGCGCCACGUUGCCAUCCCCAAAGCUCCCGGCCUUCCCAAGCAGAAGCGCAAGGCGACCCGGCGCCGGAGCGGAUCGAGCCUGGCCAGCCACACGAGCCAUGGCAGUCGAGGCAGCUCCCGCAGCUCCGCACGGCGGGCGCCCUUAGAGUGCCGCGUGCAUCGACUUCUAGCGGCCUUGAACGAUCGCUUUCUGCCUACCGAGGUGAAGGGCGUGAAGGAGCCUUACAGAUUCGACUCGGUGCUUGCAGCACUGACAUGCCUGUGGAGAGUUGAUGGACGGCGGGUGGCCUCGCCCCAGUGGGUGCAACAGCCCAGCUUCCAUCAGGGUUCCACCAUUUGCCGGGUCCGUGUUCCCAGCCGAAGCGGCUGCAACUGGGGGCUCCAGCAUGUUAUUGCGAAUGCUGCGGUCCUCAUGGGCUGCAACAGCAGUGCAGUCGCUGUGCCUGAAGCGGUUGCACCCUCCACGGAGGUGGUGGCCGUGGAAAGCCUUGAUGACGGCUUGGACCGCUUGCCAGAGCUCAGUGUCUCUCAGCCACUACACGCACCCGAUGAUGCAGCUGCCUCGACGGGCCAAAAGAGCCACUUCGAGGACGAGCCGCGAGUUCCCAUGGCCUCGCCCGAGAGAGAGGCGCGCGACGCCAAGAGCGAGGCGCUCCGCGUGACCAAGCCCAGCCCGACCGUCAGCGUGAAGAGCGGCGGCGCGUUGAGCGCCAACGCCUCGCCCUUCCGCUUGUCGGUCUUCUCCACCUCGACGGACCGAAGUCUGCCAGGCGACAGCGCCUUCCUGUGGGGGAGCCCUCAAGUUUUGUUCCAGCGGUUCCAGCAACAAGCAGUACGCGGCGAGAGCCUCUACGACAGCGACGACGAGCACAGCGGAUCGCACCGCCGCCGCGGCGCCACGGCGUUCGGCGCCUUGGGCAGCGACCUGCCGUUCCUGAAGUGGUCAGAGCCGCAUCGCUUCCGGGAGAGGGCGCGUGACGGGCGCGGGGAGAACCCGGCGCGCUGGGCCCAGCCGCGGGCGUCGCGUCGGGGCGCCGCGGGACCCGAGCGGACGCCCGAGCCGCUGGAGCCGCGGCUGACGCCGGAGGAGCAGCAGCGGCUGGGGAAGCUGGCGGCCCGCGCGCGUGAGGUGCGCGAGCUCAUACGGCCGCAGCUGAAGUCGGAAAUGGACCUGGCAGAAGUCAUCGAUCAGGUGGCCCGUGCGAAUCACUUCGUGGCGGAGUCGCUGCCGCACGCCGCCGAGACGCUGGGCGUGCAUCCCAGCGGAUUGGUCUUUCAGGCCUUGCUGUUGAGAGCAGGCGCCAAGUACGGUGGCCGUGGUAGUUCAGCGCCUGCAGUGGAGUUAGAACCAACCCUCAGUGAGGGCAAGGUGGAGAAGCUGGCCUGGGCAGCACGAGAGCUCACUGAACUGUUGCGGGUGAAGAUCCAGGAUGAUGGUGACCUAUUGCUUGCCAUGCGCGUGCUAGAGGAUUGCCGACGCUUCUUCCGUGCGCUGUCACUGGUGGCCGAAGGUCGAGGCAGUUCGAGCUUUCAACUGCUGGAGGACUUGUCACAGCUGAAAGAGUGA